UCAAAUUCAAGCAAAAAAUCCUGUUACAAUUUCCUCCACUGGUUCCUCUCCCUCCCCUCCUUAUUUCCCACCCUCCACCCAUUUUCAAAAAGGCUAACCAAAUUCAGAGCAGCCAAAAGAACCCAAGAUCAAAAUCCUUCCCAAAAAACCAACUCCUUCUCCCAAAAUGCCCCUAUGCAUUCCAACACUCUCCAUAUCUCCUUUCCAUCAAACCCUAGCUUCAUCGCUCCGCAUUUUCUCCACUUCUAAAUCGCAUCCAGCUAGAUACUCAAAUGGGAGAGGCGUUGGUUUUGGAUUGGGGAAUCGAGAAAGGAGAUGUUUUGCGAGCGUUAAUGGGGUUAGCUCCAGAUUUGAUGAAUCAGAGAAUGGAACUGUGAAGAAAAGAAAUGUUGUAGAGCAUAUUCUUCUCUUACGAGCCAAGUCAGACUUAUCAGAUGUUGAAGAAAAAGAUAUGUUGGAUAAUCUUUAUACUUCACAAUAUCAGAUGAGGGGCAUUCUUGCAAUAUCAUUAGGACGCAUAGAAGAACCCAAUGAUGAUAAUUUUACUCACGCAGUAUAUAUGCGUUUUCAGACUAAGGAAGACCUCUCAAAGUUCUAUGUGAACUCUUAUUACUCACAAGUCCUUAAGGAGCACGUCAUGCCAUACUGCGAUGGGACUAUAUCAGUGGACUAUGAAUCUGAAGUAGAGGAUGAUAUCCUGCCAAUAUUUCGAAGAGGAGAGGAUUUCAACUACGGUGCAGAAUGCAUUUUAUUGAUCUCCAUGGCUGAGAACACACUUGCAGGAGCAAUAGAAGAUGCUCUGGCCACUCUUAGAAGGCUAAUUGCAGACUCUCAAUCACUAAUUGUACAAGCCACAGAAGGAUUGAAUUUCAACAAAACAGAAAGCAUAUACACUCAUGCUGCAGUAAUACGCUUUCCAUCAUUGGAUGCCUUGGAAAUUUUCAGAGGCAGCUCAGAGUACAAGGAGAUGUGGAGGCAUAAGAUCCAGCCAAUCACCAAAAAAACUCUUCUGAUACACUUCGUUGUUGAUCCUGUGGGCACUCAAUUGAUGUAACUUGCAGCUUAUCAAAAGCCAAAGAAGCUUAUCCUCACCAUGUUGCGAUGAAAAGGACAAUGUGUUAGGCAAUCAUUUUUGUUUAGAAUUAGACUUCAUUUGUCUCUUUCCUAGUUUGUAAAGGCUGAAUGAAAUAAGGAGGAAGCAAUAGAUGUAACCCACAGCAAGAAGAAACCAAGUAAAGUUUAUUUGCAUGUAGCUCUGUCCUUUGUGUUACUCUUUGUCAUUAUAACUAUGCUUAUCAAAUGUUGCUUUUGUUUUCUAUUUUCCUACUAUCAUCCUUUGUAAUUGAAACAACCUAGAGAGACUAAAAUUUCCAUCUUUUGCA